GCAGGCCUCCACGAUUCCCCCUCCCCAGCCGUCGCCCUCAGCUUUCCCACCCCCCGCCCUUCCACCAUGGCCGCUUCUGUGUCGUGUAGGGAGCAGCUGGUCCUCCGUGUCCUCCUAUAGCGCUUACUGCCUCACCCUCACCCCCUGGGGGCCGGAUCCAAAGGAACCUCGCUCCCCAACCCUUGGGGCACCAGCCAGGAAGAUUUCCCACCCCCUACUUCAGGGGCAGGACUCCUCUUUCUCCCACCUCCUGAGGCAGAAACUUAGGGUUUUCCCUGCUUCUCUUAGGGUCAGAAGCCAGAAAGGGCUCCCCUUCCACCUCUUCAGGGGCGGAAGCCUGUCCUACCCUUCCCAUAGGGGCGCAGACCCUCACCCCAGCAUACUUAGGAGCUAACGGCUUUUCCUCAGCACUGCCACUCCAGAGGCAGGACCUAGGGGCGUCCACCUUCGCCCCCUCCACAGGAGCGGCCGUUCGGAGAGGAGGGAGGAGUGGAGAGGACAGGGACCCUUUCCCUCCCCUCCCCCACUUGUCUCUCUUGCCCCCAGUCCCUGGCAGCUCGGAUUUCCUCAUUUCUAGGACUUCCAACCCAUCCCCUCCCUGGCCUUUUCCCGUCUCCUGUCUGCAGCCAUGGAGUUACAGAAGGGAAAGGGGGCAGCAGCAGGAGCUGCUUCGGGAGCAGCGGGAGGUGGAGGAGGAGCGGGAGCAGGAGCCCCAGGAGGGGGGAGGCUGCUACUUUCAACCAGUUUGGAUGCCAAGGAUGAGUUAGAGGAGAGGUUGGAAAGAUGCAUGAGCAUUGUGACUUCGAUGACUACUGGUGUCUCAGAGAGAGAGGCCAAUGACGCCCUCAAUGCCUAUGUAUGCAAAGGCCCCCCACAGCAUGAGGAAAUCUGUCUGGGCCUCUUCACCCUUGUCCUCACUGAACCUGCCCAAGCCCAGAAGUGUUACCGGGACUUGGCUCUGGUGAGUCGUGAUGGCAUGAAUAUUGUCCUGAAUAAAAUCAACCAGAUACUUAUGGAGAAGUACCUGAAGUUGCAGGAUACCUGCCGUACUCAGUUGGUGUGGUUGGUGCGGGAACUGGUGAAGAGUGGGGUUCUGGGAGCCGAUGGUGUUUGCAUGACAUUCAUGAAACAGAUUGCUGGUGGGGAUGUUACGGCAAAAAAUAUCUGGUUGGCAGAAAGUGUUCUGGAUAUCCUGACGGAGCAGAGGGAAUGGGUAUUGAAGAGCAGCAUCCUCAUUGCCAUGGCUGUUUACACAUACCUCCGCCUCAUCGUCGACCACCAUGGGACCGCCCAGCUCCAGGCCCUGCGGCAGAAGGAAGUGGACUUUUGCAUCUCACUGCUUCGGGAACGGUUCAUGGAAUGUUUGAUGAUUGGCCGGGACCUUGUAAGACUACUUCAGAAUGUUGCCAGGAUACCAGAAUUUGAACUGCUUUGGAAAGAUAUUAUCCAUAACCCUCAGGCCUUAAGUCCUCAGUUCACAGGUAUCCUGCAGCUUCUUCAGUCAAGAACAUCCCGAAAAUUCCUAGCAUGUCGUCUAACCCCAGACAUGGAGACUAAGCUCCUCUUCAUGACAUCUCGGGUGCGGUUUGGUCAGCAAAAGCGAUACCAGGAUUGGUUCCAGCGCCAGUACCUCUCAACCCCAGACAGCCAGUCUCUGCGCUGUGAUCUCAUUCGUUACAUCUGUGGGGUUGUCCACCCUUCUAAUGAAGUGCUGAGUUCAGACAUCUUGCCCCGAUGGGCCAUCAUUGGCUGGCUCCUGACAACAUGCACGUCAAAUGUUGCUGCCUCUAAUGCCAAGCUGGCUUUGUUUUACGACUGGCUGUUCUUCAGCCCAGACAAGGAUAGCAUUAUGAACAUAGAACCAGCCAUCCUGGUCAUGCAUCACUCCAUGAAGCCCCACCCAGCUAUCACUGCCACACUCCUGGACUUCAUGUGCCGUAUCAUUCCCAACUUCUAUCCACCGUUGGAGGGCCAUGUGCGGCAGGGUGUCUUUUCUUCCCUCAACCACAUUGUGGAGAAACGGGUUUUGGCGCAUUUGGCUCCCCUAUUUGACAACCCUAAAUUGGAUAAGGAGCUGCGGGCAAUGCUGAGGGAGAAGUUUCCUGAGUUCUGCAGUUCGCCCAGCCCACCUGUGGAAGUCAAAAUUGAGGAGCCAGUUUCCAUGGAGAUGGACAACCACAUGUCAGACAAGGAUGAGAGUUGCUAUGACAACGCAGAGGCAGCCUUCAGUGAUGAUGAGGAAGAUCUCAACAGCAAAGGAAAGAAGAGAGAGUUUCGCUUCCACCCUAUCAAGGAGACAGUUGUGGAGGAGCCAGUCGAUAUCACACCUUACCUUGACCAGUUGGAUGAGUCGCUAAGGGACAAAGUGCUCCAGCUGCAGAAGGGCAGUGAUACAGAGGCCCAGUGUGAGGUCAUGCAGGAAAUCGUGGACCAGGUCCUGGAGGAAGACUUUGACUCGGAGCAGCUGUCCGUCCUUGCUUCCUGCCUGCAGGAGCUCUUCAAGGCCCACUUCCGAGGGGAGGUGCUCCCGGAGGAGAUCACUGAGGAGUCCCUGGAGGAAUCUGUGGGGAAGCCUCUCUACCUAAUAUUUAGGAACCUGUGCCAGAUGCAGGAAGACAACAGCAGCUUCUCUCUGCUUCUGGACCUUCUCUCCGAGCUAUAUCAGAAGCAGCCCAAGAUUGGCUACCACCUGCUCUACUACCUGAGGGCCAGCAAAGCCGCUGCGGGGAAGAUGAACCUGUACGAGUCAUUUGCCCAGGCAACCCAGCUGGGCGAUCUGCACACCUGCUUAAUGAUGGAUAUGAAGGCCUGCCAGGAGGACGAUGUGCGGCUGCUCUGCCACCUCACACCUUCCAUCUACACAGAGUUUCCAGAUGAGACCUUGCGGAGUGGAGAGCUGCUGAACAUGAUUGUGGCCGUUAUUGACUCCGCACAGCUCCAGGAGCUAGUCUGCCAUGUGAUGAUGGGGAACCUGGUCAUGUUUCGAAAAGACUCAGUCCUCAACAUACUCAUCCAGAGCCUGGACUGGGAAACCUUUGAGCAGUACUGUGCCUGGCAGCUCUUCCUGGCCCACAACAUCCCCCUGGAGACCAUAAUCCCCAUCCUGCAGCACCUCAAAUACAAGGAGCACCCAGAAGCCCUAUCCUGUCUGCUGCUUCAGCUCCGAAGAGAGAAGCCCAGCGAGGAGAUGGUGAAGAUGGUGCUGAGCCGGCCCUGCCACCCUGACGACCAGUUCACCACCAGCAUCCUGCGGCACUGGUGCAUGAAGCACGACGAGCUGCUGGCCGAGCACAUCAAGUCCCUGCUCAUUAAGAACAACAGCCUCCCGCGCAAGAGGCAGAGUCUGAGGAGCUCCAGCAGCAAGCUGGCCCAGCUGACUCUGGAGCAGAUCCUGGAGCACUUGGACAACCUGCGUCUUAACCUGACCAACACCAAGCAGAACUUUUUUAGCCAGACCCCAAUUCUCCAGGCUCUGCAGCAUGUCCAGGCGAGCUGUGACGAAGCCCACAAGAUGAAGUUCAGCGAUCUGUUCUCCCUGGCCGAGGAAUACGAGGACUCUUCCACCAAGCCACCCAAGAGCCGGCGAAAAGCAGCUCUGUCCAGCCCCCGAAGUCGAAAGAAUGCCACACAGCCCGCCAAUGCUGAGGAAGAGUCAGGCUCCAGCAGUGCCUCGGAGGAAGAAGACACGAAACCGAAGCCCACCAAGCGGAAACGGAAAGGGUCCUCUGCAGUGGGGUCUGACAGUGACUGAGACCCUUUUUUGCCCAUCCCGCCCCCAGUUGGACUGCCCUCCCCUACUUGGUGAAUCACAGGUUAAUAGGGGCUGGGGACAUAGUGGGGGAAACACCCUCUCCCCAUUCCAAAGCUCACCUGGUGGGAAGGAUGAGCUGCCUCCUUUGGCCCAGCCUGAGAGCUGCCAUGCAGCCCCCAGCCCCUCCUCCCUUCUCUGUGGGGCCUCCAGCCCCAUCACACUGCUGCUCCCACCCAUACUUGGGUUUCCACUGAAGCCAGAGGCUGUGCAAAACUGGACUGUGGUGGAAGUCCUCAGCCCCCUGCCCCCUCCCCCAGCCUCCUCCCCCAGCCUCCCAAAGAGCUAUUUCAAAAAAGAAGAGAAAUGGUAAAGGGGAGCUGGCCAGAGAGGCCAGAAUGAGAGUAAAGACUCAGUGUGUGGCGCCCCUUCCCACUCCCCCUUCAGGUCUUGAUGUGCUCUGAACAGGCAUUUUACAGUCGCUCUCCAUACACCAGUAUGAAAUGGGCAUUUAAACAGUGACGUGGUCUGGCUGCCUGUUCCUCACCACAGGACAAAUGCCACCAAUGUUCAGGCAGGAACCCUAGAGGGAGGCCACAGCCCCCCUGGUGUGCCCUGCAGUCUCGUUGUUGGCCUGCAGAUCGGCACCUCAGGCUGGGCCAGAGCCCUGGGAGGUGCAGAGAUGCCUUCCACAGAGCUGUCAAAUGGUCCCACUUCUUUGGUUCUGUCUUUUGUUUCUUUUUCUUUUCUUUUUUUUUUUUUUUGGCAGAGAUAAUCGCGUUUUAAACGUUGUUUUUAAAUGACAAUAAAAUAAGCCAGAACCUCUUUUGUGCCAGAGUUGCUGCCCCCACUUACCCUGUGCACGUGCAGGUAGUCUCAUUUAAUUGGCACCCCUCCUUGUGGCUUCACAGCUGCCCCCUUUUCCCUUCCUGCCUGUCCCCCUUCUUGUCUGGAGCAGGAGGGGCUUGGCUUUGCCCGCCAUCCUUCCUGCUGCCACUGACGGCCGGGGCCAGGCACUGACCUGUCCAGGCAGAAAUUGAUGCCGGCACCAUCUCCUCAUAGGCUGUCUGUCCUUAGUCAUCUCAAGAAACUAGAGGCUUCCAAAAGCUAGUAUUUGCCAUACUCCAAUUAGUAAGUCUGUAUGCUUACCAACUACUGGAGGACUGACUGUUGGGGGCGAGGGAUGCUCCCAACUCGGAUCUUGAAGGAGAGAAGGUGCCUGGUGGAGCGGGUUCGGGUACCAGGGAGAAGGAACCCUCUUUCUUCCACAGUCUGGCCACUUGCCAGUCUGUGGGUACCAGCAGAAAAGAGCUCCUUGGCUGUGCUUUUGUUCCCUUGCUGUCCAGGGACAUUGGGUGGCAGGCUGAGGAGAGAGCAAGGAAGUUUGGGCUGAUGGCAGACAGCACCUCCUAUUCAGCCUGCAAAUGUGUCUCUCAAAGCUGCUACUCCUUCCUUUCAAAGUCUAAACCUCCAGAGGCCUCCUUUUUUACUUCCUCUCUCCUUCCCCAGUUUUCUCUGCCCCAAUUAAAACCAGGAUGGAAAGCA